UGGAUUGUCUGGAUUAUUCACCCAUUUUUCAUCGACAUGAGUAUGUGGGAGUCCAGCGAGACUCAGCUUCCAGCUCCAUUGCCUGAGAAUAAGCUGGAUGAGUCGGACCGGCAAGAUGAUGGCUGGUCACUCCCAUCAGCCGCCGUUCCUCCGGCGGGCCCCAUCUUAUCAGUCCCCUCGCCCAUUGCCACGCCAGGACGACCAUCGGAGCCAGACAGUCUAUUGAUGAAAUCCGAAGAUCCGAAUCCUUUGAGUCCAGCUCCCACUCCCUCAGACAGCCAAACACAGGCGAUCCAGUCCAACGGGCAAUUUAAAGGCCCCGACUCACACCUUCCUAUUGGUGUGCUAUGGAAGAACUUUGACCCAGAAGUAACAUAUCCACAGGCGGAGAUUGCCCUCUUGGAAACCUAUCGCUGGGUCUUUACACAGGGUUUUGAUGAGAGUAAUCAUGUUCAAGUCUAUGUUGACUACAAAAUGACUAGUCGGAGCAAUACUCAGCGGUCGAUCACAAAGCUACGAACAGCAUUGAAAGUCGUCAUGUCCAAGAUUGACAGGUCACGUCAUGCAUGGUACGGUCAUCGCGUCGAAAACAGCUUCUAUGAAAACAAAUCGAUUAGUACCGAGGAUGACUCUCUUUGGUAUAUUUUCAAUACCUUGCAGGACCCUUGCCCCCAAGUGGAGAACAUACAUGACCACUGGGCACGGCAUGCCAUGGAGCAACUGUUGUCAGAGGAUCAUUUUGCCGAUUUGGGUCUCAAGACUAACCUUUACCCAUAUCAGCAACGCUCAGCUGCAACAAUGAUUCAACGGGAGGCGCAACCAGCGCGCAUGCUCGAUCCAAGACUACAAGCGUAUCGAACUCUGACUGAGCGUGAGUAUUAUUAUGACAAGGAGGACGCAUACAUUACUCUUGAUGCAGGGUAUUACUCUGAGGCCUGUGGUGGCAUUCUUGCAGAGACCAUGGGCUGUGGUAAGACCCUCAUCUGUCUUGCCGUCAUAUGUGCCACUCUUGGUCACUCUCCUAAGAUCCCCCCGGAAUACGUGUCGACGUCGGGAAAGCGAGAUCUGGUACCGGUUAGGGAGAAAACAGGUUCUCUGAUGGAUAUGGCAGCCGCCGCUGCAGAGCGUCAUCAUGAGCCGUGGAGAAAUUUCUUCCGCGGUCUGCAACGAGAGGGUCGACAUUACGAGCGGUGUGUCAAGGCAUGCGAGGCAAACCGAGGGUCCUAUGAAAUCCCUCAACACCAGACCAGGUAUGAGGGUAGACACAGCCGGUCGUAUGUCCGACCUCCGGCCAAACGUGUUCGCAUCUGCUCUGGAACUAUCAUUGUCGUACCAAACAACUUGCUGGACCACUGGCAACGCGAGAUCAACACACAUACCAAAUGGCUGAAGGUUCUAGUCUUGGGCCAAGGAUCUGGUCAGACACCGCCGGCCGAUGAUCUGCUCGGUUACGAUAUCAUAUUAUUCGCCAAGACACGCUUUGAGCGGGAGGCUGGCACGGCCGUUCAUAAUCGGACUGCCAAGUUCGUGCCAGUCAACUCACCUCUGACAGAACUCCACUGGCUGCGAGUCAUCGUAGACGAGGGCCAUAACGUCGCUGGGCAUGGCUCAAAUAUGAUUCACAUGCUCAGCCAGCUGCAUUUUGAGCGUCGUUGGGUCAUCUCGGGAACUCCAUCGACGGGACUCUACGGCGUCGAAGUCAGUCUUGCGUCACAGGAAGCAAAUACCAGCGAUACCGAGUCUCCUGCGGAGAUCACCGCUGCUGCUCUGCGAAGCCGAAAGAAGACGGGCAACGCGGUGAAUAAUGAAAUGAAGGAUCUGGACAAGCUUAGGCUCGUCGUGAUUAAUUUUCUGGAUUUGAAGCCUUGGUCUAACUCCCGUGCCGAUGACUAUGCAGAUUGGUCCAAGUACAUCAAGCCCAUCGGGGAAGAUGGUCAGCGUCGUAAGACUCCGGCAAUCAGAGCCACUUUGCAGGGUUUGGUGGUGCGGCAUCAGUUGGAUGUGGUGAACAGGGAAAUCUACAUUCCAAAACUGUACAACACCGUGGUCUAUCUCACACCGACUUUCCACGACCGGCUGUCCAUCAAUUUGUUCCUCUUCGGUAUUGCCGUCAAUGCCAUCACUUCCGAACGUCAAGGGCCCGAUUACAUCUUUGACCCUAGCAAUCGGAAGCAUUUGAAUCAGACGAUAAACAACUUGCGACAGGCAGGAUUCUGGUGGGCCGGUUCCGACGUCAAUCCACAGGAUUCGAUCGAGCAUGCCCUGAAGUAUAUGGAAAAGAAGCGGGAAAAGAUGACAGCCGAGGAUAUUGAAAAAUUGACUCGUGGAAUAGAGAUUGCAUCUAGGGCACUCAAUUCUGACAGCUGGCGCGAGUUCAAACACCUCCAUGAACUUGGCAUCUUCCUCGGGGACUUUCCCAAAGACCAUCGUGCCCACUGGGCGCUCGAUCAAAGUAAUGCAGAAGAGGAGCCCAUGCUCAUCGGCAUCACGCAAUCCCGCCGAGCCCAGCAGUACGUCACCCAGCAUCUGAAAUCAUCCGAUCCAACGCAAGGCCUUGCCGGCGCCGGCAUCAAAGCCCGUCACGAACUUGAGCGUCGUGACCAGCACAACCCGCCAAGGGGUGCCCCGGAAUCGGCUGGCAAUGCUACUUCGGGCUCAUUGCACCAUUCUACGAAGCCACAAAGCAACAAGUCGCCAAAGAAAACCUUUACGCGCAAUCUCUUCCGCUCACUUCCAGCAACCUCCCCUCUCCAAGAAACUCGAUUUGUCGGCACCGCUUCGGCCAAAUUGACGUACCUCCUGAACAAAGUGCUCGAGUUCCAGACUACUGAGAAAAUCAUCAUCUUCUACGACAACAACAAUACCGCCUUCUGGAUCGCCGAAGGCCUUGAACUUCUCGGAGUCGAGUUUCGCAUCUACGCCAGCACCUUGAAACCAGAGCUGAGGACAGAGUAUCUCAAGCUAUUCCGUGAAGCGGAGGACGUGCGCGUACUGCUCAUGGACCUCCGCCAGGCGUCACACGGUCUACACAUCGCACAAGCAUCACGGAUCUACAUCGUGAACCCAAUUUGGCAGCCAAACGUGGAAAGUCAGGCUAUCAAGCGUGCACAUCGUAUCGGACAGACCAGACCUGUAUACGUGGAAACGCUAGUUCUAUCGGAUACGCUCGAGGACCGGAUGUUGAAGCGGCGCAAAGAAAUGUCGGAAGCGGAGAUCCAACAUGCGGAGAAAAGUUUACUGGAUGAUGGAACGAUGAGUGGAAUCGUGCAGAGAGAACCAUUCUUGGCUAUGGGCCUGGAAGAAGACACGGCCGUUGCGUUCUUGGAAACGCCGACGGGCUUCUUUGAUCGGCAUCGCCUGCCCAUUCCGGAUGACGAGAAUCCUGAUAUGGUCAGCCCAACAAACAAGAGCAAGCGUGCCUCUCGUGCGAAAGACUCUGAUGCGGAUGACGACGCGGCUGUGGAAGGGCUAUCAAUGCCAUUACGGAAGAAGCUGCGCGUCGGCUUUGCUUCUAGUGAGGAGAUCUCAACUCGAAAUGGGGAGCAUGCUAGCCCGAGCCAAUCGCAAACGAAGCGUACCCUUUUCGCCGAACCGGGUACAUCUACUGAUACGAUUAAGACUCCUGCAAAAGGACGACGUAUCGGCUUCGCUGCCAAUGUGGACAUUUCUGAUGAUGAUGAAACACCGGGGUUGACGACUCCUUCUGGACUGUCAAACCCCCAGCCGGCAUUAUCCUACAACGAAGAAGACGUGGGUCAGUGGCAGGUGUCAUUGUUUGAUUCAUAAACGAUAUUACGAUAGCAUGGCGUUAGGAUCUGGCUCAAAAUUCCCAAGGACGAUACAUACAAUUCGAAUUCAAUCAACUCAUUUCCCGU